AUGAGCCACCAGCGAUACCCAUCCCACGACCCCGUCAAGGAGCCGCACUCCGUCUCCGUCAAAGUCCUCCGACUGUCACGACCGGCCCUCGUACCGCAGUAUCCGAGCUCCCCGCUCCCCGCUACAAAGGAGGCCUUCCUCCCGUCUAGCCUGUCCUACAAAACGCCGUCUACGAACCCGGCACCCUUCCUGCUCAGCCCGAUCCUCAACCUCCCCGUGUCCUUUGGGUCAGCGUACGUCGGCGAGACGUUUAGCUGCACGCUCUGCGCGAACAAUGACCUCACGACGACAUCCUCGUCCUCGUCGUCGCCAUCACCGUCGCCGCCGCCGGCCAAGCAUAUCCGCGACGUGCGCAUCGACGCCGAGAUGAAGACGCCCGGCCCCGGCCCCGCGCACAGGCUGCCCCUGGCCAGCGGCGCGCCGGCGGACCUGGCCGCGGGCGAGACCCUGCAGAGGGUGGUGUCGUUUGACCUCAAGGAGGAGGGGAACCAUGUGCUCGCCGUGACGGUGAGCUACUACGAGGCCAGCGAGACGAGCGGGCGCACGAGGACGUUCCGCAAGCUGUACCAGUUCAUGUGCAAGGCUGGCCUGGUGGUGCGCACAAAGGUAGGGCUGCUGGGGGGCGGCAGCAGCAGCAGCAGCAGGAAGAGGUGGGUGCUGGAGGCGCAGCUGGAGAAUUGCAGCCAGGACGUGAUGCAGCUGGAGGAGGUGGGCAUGGAGGCGGAGCGAGGCCUGCGGUGCGAGGGGUGCAACUGGGCCGAGGGGGAGAGGCCGGUCCUGCACCCGGGCGAGGUGGAACAGGUGUGUUUUGUGGUGGUGGAGGAGGACGAGGAGGACGAGGACGAGGACGGGAGCGGCGCGGAUGGCGAUGCGGAUGGGAGGGUUGUUUUUGGUGUUUUGGGCAUCGGCUGGAGGGGUGAGAUGGGGAACAGGGGGUUUUUGUCGACAGGGAAGCUGGGAACGAGGGUUGGGUGA